AUGAAAUUCUCUAUUUUGAUCUGUUUCUUAUUCUUCAGCAUUGCAAACGCCUGGACUUUCAUAUAUGUAAAUUUAGAGAUUUUUUGAGAAUUCUUGCCAAUUAAAAAAAUUUCAGUCAAGCCAUGAACAAUGUCGUAAUCGUAAUGUCUUUUUCUAUUGGGAAGCCAUUGAGGGACAAACAAAUGAAUGUAGAGCUCAUAUUCAGGUAUAAAUAUUAUUUUGAUGUCUAAAAUGAGAUAUGUAAAUAGGAUUUUUUAUGGAAAAAAAAGAUGAAUAGUUUCUAAUUUUAUCAAAAGUUGAUCUGAAUCGCAUUUUUUAGCCUUGCUGAAAAUCAUAUUUAUCAAAUUUCCAAAUUUCUUUCAGAGUUGGUUCUUCUGUGCUCUUUUGAUUAUAAUCACAGUUUUGGCAAAUAUACUGAUUCAGGCAUUGACAAAUUGCAUCGAAGGAAUCGAUAGAAGAAAGUCUUCUGAAUAA